AUGUGUAGAGAAGUAGAACUGAUUUUAGUGCCGUGCCAUUCGAUAUGGAAAUCCUCAAUACCAUUUGGUGAUGGAACACUUAAUCUGGGCCAGUCGCCUGAUUACUGGCAUUUGGCACCUUUCCAGUACGAGGGUAAUGAUCAUUUAGCGUUCAUUAAGCAUGGCCUAACAGCCAUUAAGAUUCUCCUUCAAAAAGCAGACAGUGCUGUCGUUAUAUUCAGUGGAUCACAAACUAAAAAGGAAGCAGGCGUUAUUUCUGAGGCGCAAAGUUACUAUUUUUUAUUUGAAAGGCUAAUAAGAUAUGUAAUGUGCAAUGAUGACAUCAACAUUCCGAAUUUUGAUGACGAAAUCCAUUAUUUAUUGGAAGAUAUCAAAUGCUCACUAAUCACUCAAAAAAUAGAUGUUGAUGAAUUAUUCUAUGGCGGUUCGAUCACUACUGAAGAAUUCUCGUUAGACUCAUUUGAUAAUUUAAUAUACUCAAUCUAUAGGUUUGAAGAGAUCACUAAGAAAUUUCCACAGAAGAUAACCAUAAUUGGCUUCGCGUUUAAAAUGUCAAGAUUUAUCAAUUGCCAUGCCAGGGCUAUUGACUACCCGCAAUCAAACAUAACUUACAUAGGAAUUGACCCUGAACCAAUGAACUACAACCAAACACAACUUUUAAAGUAUUAUAAUGAUCUAAUACAAAUGGAACAUGAAAAUGCACUGAGCUUAUUCUCAUCGGAUUGGUAUGCUACGAAAGAUAGAUUACUAACCAAAAAGAAAUCUCGCAACCCAUUCAAAAGAACAGCGUCAUACACUAAAAAUGUUCUCUUCAAUGGCAGCACAUGGAUCGAGGAUGACAAAAAGUAUUUUGAGACGAAUAUAAAGUGCAAAAUGCCAUGGUCACUACAACAGAAAUAA